UCUGGAAUGAAAUCCGGAUCAACUGAAAGAUGAGAUAGCAGAAGUUACCAAUGAAAUGGAACAGAUGGAUGAUGGGUCUGAGGAAAGUAAGAACAAUCCGAAGACCAAGCAGAUCAACAUUGGCAAAAAGAAGUUUAAUAUGGACCCUAAAAAGGGUAUUGAAUACCUGAUAGAGCAUGGGUUACUACAGAAUACACCAGAAGAUGUGGCACAGUUCCUAUACCAGGGGGAGGGACUCAACAAAACAGCCAUUGGGGACUACCUGGGUGAAAAGUCUGACUUCAACAUUGAUGUGCUGAAGGCGUUUGUCAACCUGCACGAGUUCUCGGACAUGAUUCUUGUACAGGCACUCAGACAGUUCCUAUGGAGUUUCCGUCUACCAGGAGAGGCACAGAAAAUAGACAGGAUGAUGGAAUGUUUUGCUGAGAGAUACUGUGUCCUGAAUCCAGGGGUUUUCACAAGCUCAGACACAUGCUACGUGUUGUCGUUUGCCAUAAUUAUGCUGAACACGAGUUUACACAACCCGAGUGUGAAAGACAAGCCAACUGUGGAGAGAUUUAUAACGAUGAAUCGGGGGAUCAACGAUGGGGGUGAUCUACCACCAGAACUCCUUACGAGCCUGUAUGAGAGUAUAAAGAAAGAGCCGUUCAAGAUCCCCGAGGACGAUGGUAAUGAUCUGAUGCACACGUUCUUCAAUCCAGACAAGGAGGGAUGGCUGUGGAAACAAGGGGUUACUAAGUUUGGUGGUCGUUACAAAAACUGGAAGAGAAGGUGGUUUAUACUUAACGAUAACUGUCUGUACUACUUCCAGUUCACAACGGACAAGGAACCAAAGGGUAUAAUACCUCUUGAGAAUAUCCAGGUACGAGUGUCCAACGAGAAAUCAAACAAGCCUCAUUGUUUUGAGCUGUAUGCCACCACUAAUGAAAUCAUUAAGGCGUGUAAGGUGGAUAAGGAGGGAAAAGUUGUAGAAGGGAAGCAUAAUGUAUACAAGAUGUCAGCUGCUACUGCAGAUGAGAAGGAAGAAUGGAUCAAAUGUAUAAAGUCUUGUAUUAGUGAGAACCCAUUCUAUGACAUGCUGAAUGCUAGGAGGAAGAAAGCUGCACAGGCUAAAUAAGCUUUUAGAGAUCCAGAUCAGGUGGAAGACAUACCAAAUCAAGCUUCCCAGCAGCACCAGACCAGAUUUUUAGACUGUGUACCAAUUGUUUUAUAGACUGGGUAACAUAGAAUAGACUGUUCCAGAAACCAAGAAGACUUAUAGUGCUGAUUAUUUUACACCAGUUUUAAACCAGAAUUACAACCAUUACAGUAUUGAGUGUCAAAUAUGCAUAGUGAUUUAUUAAAACUUCAUUACCAUUAAGUAGAAUUGUAAACUUGCUUUUUCUUUACUGAAAGAAAGAAAUCUUUAAAAUUACAGAAAAGCAUUUUUGAGAAGCUUUCUUGUAAUAUAUACUUUUUUGAUAUAUUCAGCACACUUGCUUUAAUGUGACAGUAUAAAAAAAAAUCUGAAUUCUAUAUACUAUUAGAAGAUGUGUAAGUCUGAUCCGCUUUUUCUGAUGCUUUGUGAAAUCUGUAGACAGAAUAAGAUUUCCUUUUUAUUGAGAUUUGAAAGUUGUUGUGUAAAAUUGUAAGAUACUGUAUGAUUAUUUUGUAUGCCAGUAUAAAAUGUUGGGGCAUCUGAACCUUUUAACACUGUGAUACUUAAGUGUAAUCAUGAUUUUAUAUAUCAGUUGCCUCCCUUAUAUUUUGAUCUGUAAUUGUAUAUACUGCAAAUGAAAGAUGUCAGGAUAUUAUAUGUGAUACACCUGACAUGAUGUUUUACCGGAAAAUACAUGAAGGAAACACCUUUAUAUAGCCAUAGACUUGUAUAAAAUUAAUUUCCUCUUUAAAUGACAUUUUUAAUGAAAUUUUAAAAAUUCAAUGUUUUUUUUUGUUCUUAAAUUGCUUUUAUUUUUGAAAUCAGGUUUACUGCAUCAGAACUAUUUCUAAAAGUAUUUUAGCUAACUAAUAAAGUUCAGAUUGAAUUAACAAUGAAAUUUUUAUAUUUUGAAUUUGAAAAAUAAAAAAGUUGUAAUUGGUUCAGCUCCUGAAUAGGCUGCAUUUUAAUUUUGAGCACAUUUGUUGGGGCUACUAGUUUGUUGUUUAAUGUUUUUUGUUGGACCUGUAAAGGUAAUGAAGUUUUGCCAUUUUAUGGCAGAAAUUGAAAAGAAUUACAUUUAUGUUUAACCUUCUGUUUGUUAGAAAAUUGCUAGAUACAUGUAUAAUCAAAUUGAAAUUGGUAUGUUGUUUCAUGGAAUUGAUAUUAAAUAGCGUGCUUUGUUGUGACAUGCUAGAAAAGAUUUCAAUCAAUAUAAAUGGUGUGAUUAUAAAAAGCUAGUUACUGAGUGCGUACCAGGACAGCAAGAUCUCUUGUCUUCUUGCAACUUUUGUUUUAAAUUAUUUAUUGUGUGAGAUUUUACUAUAUUAAAAUUAAGUCAGGGAGAUAAUUAUUAUUAAACUGACCUUUGUACAAGAAAACAGUAAGUUACUAAUUUAGGAUAUUGAGGACAAAUGGCAGCCAUUUAGUUGUCUGUUGUUUGUUUUUAAGCUGACUUAGUGUUGCCACUGGUAACCCAUAUGGGCGACUUUUAGUAACUUUUCUGUGGUAGAAUAGUGCAAAAUACAGAAGACGCUCCAAUUCCAGAAUUUUCCCUGGUUCCUUAAUGUGCCAGGUAUAAAGCAGGCAUACACUGGACUCUUAUCCCUGUGUUACGCAUUUCAGUUAGAGGAGGAGCUCAUACUCGCGUUCCCAGGUUUGGUAGUGAGACAGUGUUACCACUGGACCACUGUGUCCACCCAAUGUAGUUGUCUUAUGGUAUUCCCACUACAUUUCUUUGGAGGAACUGCGAAUAACAGUUUCCAUAUACAUUAAUGGAUAUGAAGUUUUCUUACUUUUUAAGCAACUUACUUAUGCAUAUAGACCAUCUGUAUUGUUCAUUACAGCUUCGAUUGUAACUUGGGUGUAUGUACAGCUUGUAGAAAAAAAAUCCCCCCUUUAUGCAUCAGUAUCUUUAAAUUCUAGAUUUCUUGUACAAAGGUCAUGAUUUUCAUCCAUAGUCAUAGAAUUGGAAGUAAUCCUAUAUCAUUAUGUCAUAUAAGUCACUUUUCAUCAGUUACAUAUAGUCACUUUUCAUCAGUCAUCAUUGAUUAGUCUUGGUCAUUAGAAGUCACUAUUCAUCAGUUACAUAUAAGUCACUAUUCAUCAGUCAUAAGUAGUCACUUUUCAUCAGUCAUCAACAACCACACUUCAUAAAUUCAUAAACAGUUGUUCACAGAAUGAUAGAUAUUAUGGUAAAAAAAUAUAUUUCCUAUACAUAAUUGAUAGGCUGUCCUAAGGAUGGCAUAGUUUUGUAUAUUUUUGUAAAUAAAUCUUAAUGUUAUUAUAACAACAGUCACCUGUAUAGAAAUGUGUAUUUGCCUUUGUCGCUGAUUUCAGUGAAAUUUAUGUCUUGUAUGUUUCAUUUAACCUUGCAACUGUUACACUAUCCUCAGCUUUUAUGAUUUGUUGAGUUCUAAAGUGACACCAUGUUCCCACUUCUAUUUAUUUUUCCUGCAGUGCUGAAAUGGUUUUUGGCUUGUAAUAUUAUACACUACACUGUCAGAACUAGAAAUUUGUUGCCUAAGAAAAAGUAUAAAUGGGUAUUAUUCUAAAAGAUGAAAUAUGUAAUAAUACAAGUGUUUUCUUCUGGGAAAACUCACCAAAUGAUUCACCAUUGAUACAGUUGGAUACAGAUGUAAAACAGGACAGAGCCAUAGCCAUAGCACAGAGUAAAUAAUGGUUAUUUCAUUAAAAUUGUGUCUUAAACAUUUGAAUGGUAUUUGAUUUUGUUCAGUCAGUUUCUAAGGAGAAUGAUUCGGGUCUGUCUAUCCGGUGUAGGAAGAAAAAUGUGGAAUUGUCUUUUUGAUUGAUAUGCAAGGUAGUGCUGUAAAUUAUUCAGUUUUUGUGCAAAACAAACCAACACCGUUUAUAAUCCACAAUUUUUCUGUUUAAGUUUGAUUUUCAUGUUAAUCUAAAAAUAACCCUAUCGAAUUCUUAAAAUAUAUAAGUUUUGUGUAUUUGAAUAUGUGUUGCUAGGUUAUGGAUUUAAGAUUGUUUUAGAAAUAAAAUUAUAUAAAUUUGCAUUAGCACUAUUGGGUUCUCUGGUAGCACAGUUUAAUUGUUUGAAUUUUCAAUAGUAUCAGUUGUAAAAUCAAAAAGAAUUUAUGUCUUCCAUUGGUCAGUCUAGGUAACUUCUGUUUAUACUAACAUAAUUUAGGUCGAUUGUGAAACAAGUUCUACAACUUAAUGUUGAGCGCUAAGCAAGGGAGCUACUGGUAUCAUUUUUUACGUCUUUGGUAUGACGUAGCAGAGGAUCAAUCCCAUGACCUCCCACACUUGAUGCGGACACUCUACCACUAGGCUGUCUAGGCGGUUUCUUGACAAGGUUCUUUUGAUACAAACAUAAACAUACUUUUAAGCAUCUGCUGUCUCCUGUCAAACAAUCUGGUCUUGUAUUGCUUCUAUAUAGAUAUUGCUUAGUAGCUUUAGUUGUAAAUGAUAUUUGCUUAUUUUCAUGCCCAUGUGUUGUAACUAGCUCAAUGUGUAUCGUGAUCAGGUAUGUGAAUACUACAACUUAAAUACAGAAAACCGCUGCAGUGUUUCUUCAGCUAAUGAUUUAUUACAUAUACUGUGUUCUGUAAGAAAUUAGGAGAUUUGCAAAUACCGGUAGGCUAAGAGUUUUGAUUAUUUUGUAAGAUCAAGAGGUUUAAGUCCCAUUGGGGGAGUAAGUGUCUUUUAAUAAUGACUUAAAACUUCAGGGUAAGAUUAACUAAAAGUAGUUUGGUACGAUCAUUAUUUUGAAACACAUCUGUAAGGGAACAUUGGAAAUAUGGGCUAAAGGGAAAGGUUUUGGCUAGAUUUUUAAAAUAUGACGUUGAUACAUUAGUUAUGUAUACAACAGUGGCAUUACAUUUUGCAACAUGCUUGUACAGUUAGGUAGGGUAAAAUAAGCCUUGAUUUUUACAUAUAGACUUCUUUUCUAACACUAGUUGAUACAUUAAUUUUAAACUUGAUCAGAUAUACAAAGUACAUGCAGUUUAUUUUGAAAAAAAGUUUGUUAAUGAAUAAUGUGUAGAAAUGUAUUGAAAUCUACAGGUUUAAUUUGUCAUAGCCUAAGUCAGUGUAAAAAUAUGUAUCAGCUUAAAUUAUAACCAGAAUGAAUCUAGGUUGCUGGCAACCUUAGUAUCAUUAAUUUGCAUAUUUUCUGGAUGGACAAUCUUGUUAAAUGAUUGAUCCAUAGGGAUACUUUAAUAUUUAUAUAUAAUUAGAUAGAUUUUAAAGCCUUUUUUC